CGACAGUCAGACGCCGUUAUCUGCAGGAGGCCAAGAGAGCACAUUUGAUUCUGGCGGGGCUUAUCUGAGGAGGAAGAUCCGUCGGAGCCACGGCAACUGCGGGUUUGACAGCGAGGCUCUGGCGCGAGCAGGCAGAGUGCUAGGCCGCCCGUCCCGCACGGGGUCUUCGCAGUAGCGAGGAACCCGUUGCCAUAGGGACGCGACGCGAGCCGGUGGCCGUUGGACAGCCGAGGAGCUUUCGGGACCGAGUCCGGUGGUCGGGGCUGCAGCACCCCGCUCGGAGUCAGCACCCACGGCGACUCCUCCCCGGGGACGGAAUGGUUCCCUGCGGCAAUCCCAGCAGCCUCCGCCCGCGCCGCAGUCGCGCCAGGUCCAAGCCAGCCCCGAGGGUACACGUGGCUUAGCGAUGGGGCGGGGCGGGCCGAGCGGGCCUGUCUGCGCGGUGAGGACAUCCGCUUCCGGGAUCCAGCUCUCUGCGCAUCCGAGCCGCGCCACUCGGCCCCAGCCCCCGAACCUGCUGCCGCCGCCGCCUCCUUCGCCGGGCCUCUCUAACAGCGUCGACCCGAGCCGCUCCCAUUCCAGAUCCCCGAAGCGCAACCCCUCGGCUUCCUUGCAGCGUCGCCUGGCCCCGAAGGCAGUCAUGUUGGACGGGCUGAGCUCCCUGCCCACGCAGAUGGACUAUAAGGGUCAGAAGUUAGCUGAACAGAUGUUUCAGGGAAUUAUUCUUUUUUCUGCAGUAAUUGGCUUUAUCUACGGAUAUGUGGCUGAACAGUUUGGUUGGACAGUCUAUAUUGUAAUGGCUGGAUUUGCUUUUUCAUGCUUGCUGACACUUCCUCCGUGGCCCAUAUAUCGCCGACAUCCCCUCAAAUGGCUCCCUGUUCAAGAUUCAGAAGACAAGAAACCAGCAGAGAAAAAAAUUAAAAGGCAUCCUAAAAAUAACUGAAACAUUCUAAGAUUCAAUCUUACAAUACCCAUUCUGUUCUUUGUGAAAUUUGUCAUUUCCAAAACAAUAAAACUACCUACAUUGCA